AUGAAAGCCUCCACGCUCGCUGUGGCCCAAAUUGGCUUACUCAAUGUACUGCCUGCAGCGGCUGAGUACGUUUGGCCAAGCAAGCAUGAUAGGAUGGAAGACUUGCUGGUCUUGCAGGGCGGUUACAUCCGCGAGGGCUUUGUUGAUGGGAUCUCACCAUGCACACGCAACCCCAACGCCCCUGGACGCCAAACCGCAGCAGAAUGGAUCCGAACAGCUUUCCACGACAUGGCAACGUUCGACAAAGCCACUGGUAUUGGUGGCUUAGAUGCUUCCCUUCAGUUCGAAACGGACCGCGCUGAGGAUGCCGGUGAUGCUUUCAAUGCUACCUUUGGCUUUACGAACAACUAUUACAGUAUCCGUACUUCAGCUGCUGACCUUGUCGCUCUGUCUACGGUUCUUGCUGUGGGAAACUGUGGUGGACCGAAGAUUCCGUUGCGUGUUGGUCGUGUUGACGCUACUGAAGGUGGCGCUCUGGGUGUGCCGGAACCGCAGCAGGACCUAGAUACUCACAAGAAGAUGUUCGCUAAGGCGGGCUUCAGCACCGAGGACAUGAUUGCCAUGGUAGCCUGUGGUCACACCAUGGGUGGAGUACACGGCAAGACGUUCCCAGAGAUCACUGAAAACAACACAGAGACAAACGUUGUUCACUUCGAUUCGAGCGACUCUACGUUCGACCCCAAGGUCGCAACAGAGUAUCUUGAUGGAACUACACAGAACCCGCUCGUUGUCGCUCACAACGACACUCUAAACUCCGACAAGCGUAUCUUCGCCGCCGAUAACAACGUCACCAUGAAAGCGCUCGCUUCGGAUCCGAAGACCUUUCAGUCAAUGUGCUCGGAUAUAUUCGCUCGCAUGCUCGACACCGUGCCAUCCACCGUCACUCUCACCGAACCCCUUGAGCCCAUUCCGCUCAAACCCUACAUCACAUCCUUCGCCCUCACAAACGCGAGCCACAUUACCCUUACCGGCCGCAUUCGCCUCCUUACCACAUCCGAUAAAUACGACGACGAGCGCAUCACACUCACAUAUACGCCCCGCUUCGCACCUGCUGCCAACGCAACACUAGACACGACCAUCCUCACCACCCCUGCGAACUUCCAACUCGGCACCUCAAAUGGUAUCUUCGGCGAGCUUUUCAAAUGGCACGAGUUCUCCGUUGCCCUGCCUACAAGCACUUCAAUCAAGAGCUUCAACGUAACCGUGACCCGCAUAUCCACCGGCGCACAAACCCUCUACAACAACGCCGGCCGCGGCUAUCCCCUGGACGACACCAUUCUCUACCAAGACGAACAGUCUUGCCGUGUGGGCAACAACGCUACGCUUGUCGCCGCUGUGCGCAAAAGUGUUGUUGACGUUGGUACGUCUGUGGUUGCGAGUAUGGCGAGGAAGUACCAUAAGCAGGGCACGAUUGUGCCGGCAUUUGAGACGGAGGAGUGGAAGGGUGAGGUUGGUAAGGAGGUCGGUGAGUGGGUUCUGGUGACCAUUAAGGGUACGCAGCAGCCUGAGAGUUAUUCUACCCACUUCGAUUUGGUGGCUGGUGAGAGUAAAGUGGAGUAUUUGGGGACGAAUGUGUUGGGGCAACAGCAGUGCAAAGAGCUCUAG